UGGACUAUUGAAAGCGCAAGUAGUAACUUUAUCCGCGGUAGAUUGCGUCACAAUCGGGUUACCGUAAAGAGCAAUGAAGACCGUGCACGAAAUAUUUUGGUGCGGAAGGCGUGACCGCAGUCUUUCAGCGGAGUCCCGACAUCCUGCCUUCUUGAACAACCUACGUCAAUACCGAUACGGACUAUUAAAGCAAGUGGCAACCAAAUAGAUUCAAAUAAUGUAUCAUCUCCGUCACACUUAAGUGAAAUGUGUUCGUGAAUUGUAGCUUCUGUCUACCGAGACAUGAAUAAGAUGGUGGCCACAUACUUCCUGUACUUCCGCUCGAUCCCCAAACUCAAUUGAACGAGACAGCGGGGACAAUUGGGACGACAUCACGUGACCAAGUGUAACAGCCAAGAAAUUAGACUUUUGGAACAUUUAUUAGCGAGGGAGCUGGCUAUCCUCAGUCAAUAGCUACAGUCUUAAAUACAGUUGACUUAUACGGGAUAUAUUAUGCAAAAUCUUUAUGCAUAAUACUUUUUAUGCUAAAUGUUUUCGUUUGAAGAUGUAAAGACAUUUUCCCAAAAUGCUUCCAAUACAUAAUUAAUUCGUAUUUCAAAUGUUUAGUUAAAUAUUCAAUGUUUAGCGCUUGCUAAAAGUCCAAAACACGAGCGUGGCAUUAGUUUGGGACGUAUUUAGCAUCAUAAACAUAUAGCCCCCGAAUCUCUUGAUCAUUAAUUUUAAAAUCUGCAAAUGCACUUGAUUAUGCACUACUAUGUGUAAGUAGGCAAUGUAAAGCUAACUAAUCUUUGUGGUUUUUCCGGGCUGACGUACGUGGAACAUCGAGCAGCCAAUCACCAGGAGGGAUUCAAAACGGAACCAUUGAGAUCCUCGUUUUAUUUAAUUCCGGCAGCUCACCGGCCAAUCGCGAAACCGCAUGUGGACACUUUGUUACUCUGUACCUGUCAAGUUGUGGUUGGUCGGCAUCCAUGAAAGUGGCCGUUUUAUUUGAAACAUAUCCGCUCUGUCUGGAACCAAUAAAAUAAACUCCGUGGCUGAACAAUGCAUUUAAUAAACCCGCUCCGCAUGCACAUCUUUAUAAGAUUGUUCAUGGUGAUCUGUAUUGCAUUACAAUGCGAUUGUCGAGAAACUGAAUUCAACUAUGUCACCUGCGGUUCCUUAUUGAAAUUACUCAACACACGGCACAACGUUAGACUCCACUCCCAUGAUGUCAAAUACGGCUCAGGGAGUGGGCAGCAGGCGGUCACUGGAGUGGAGAGUGCAGAUGAUGCCAACAGUUACUGGCGCAUCGGGGCACGGUCUGGAGAGAUCUGCCAGCGAGGAGUGCCCGUGCAGUGCGGGCAAGCCAUCCGGAUCACCCACGCCAACACCGGGCGCAACCUCCACACACACCACUUUGUGUCUCCCCUGUCAGGCAACCAGGAAGUGAGUGCGUUCGGGGAGAACGGGGAAGGAGAUGACCUGGACGUGUGGACGGUGCAGUGCAGCGGGACUCACUGGGGGCGGGGCGAGGCGGUGCGCUUCAAACACCCGGGAACCAAUGUGUUCCUCAGCAUCACUGGAGAACAGUACGGUCAUCCAAUCAGAGGCCAGCGCGAGGUCCACGGCAUGCACACCGCCAAUCACAACAGCUACUGGAAAGCCAUGGAGGGCGUGUUCAUCAAGACCAGCGUUCAGCUGCCGAGGCACGAUGAGCUCUGACGACUGCUGCUGCUGCUGCUGCUGCUUCCUUUAUUUAUUUAUUCUGCACUUUUUCUUCAUUACAAAUUGUCCUGAACAUGUGAAUAUUUCCUGUGAUUUCCAGCUUGCACAGGCACACUUUGGUUUCAAAGCCAUAUUGAGGACCAUUGCAUAUAAAGCCCUAUUCCAGGGGUGGCCAGCCCAGGUCCUGGGGAGCCACAGGGUCUGCUGGUUUUUGUUUUUACUCGGCACUUAAUUGAUCAAUAAAGCAGUUAAUUACACAGUUAACGCACCUCACCUGGUUUCUUUUGUCUAAGCGGUUGGUGUAUUUAUGGUGAAAACAAAAACCAGCAGACCCUGCGGCUAUCCAGGACCAGGGUUGGCCACCCCUUCUCUAUUCUCUCUAUUGCAGUGGUCUCCAACCCUGGUCCUGGAAAGCUACAGGGUCUGCUGGUUUUUAUAGUGCCUCUGCACUUCAUGAAUCAUUUAGAGCAGCUGAUUACACAGUUAACUCAACUCACCUGGUGUGUUGGGUCUUAACUGGGUGCUGAUUUUAGGGUGAAAACAAAAACCAGCAGAUCCUGUAGCUCUCCAGGACCAGGGUUGGAGACCACUGCUCUAUUGACUUGGGUUGGUAAAAAUGUUAUGAGUUUUUCUUUUGUUUGUUUUUUUGUGAAAUAGUUGAACUGGAAAAUUGUGACCAAAAAAAUCACCAUUUAAUGAAAAGGAUUUUCCUGGGAUUUUAGAAAGGCCACAAACACAAUUUAGUCAGCUGUAUUUUAAGAAUAGAGAAUGUUAGUUUGCUUUUUUUUCAUGUGUUUUGGUCUGCUUUGAAAAAUAAAAUUGUAAAUUUCUUUUUUUAUUCAGAUGGAGAGGGAAUUGUGUAAACAUAAAACCAUGGUGAAAUAAAUGAAUAGAAAUAAUUUGAUAAAAAGUGUGUUUCAGUGCAAAAACAAGAAAUAUCAGACUAUUGUCUUAUGUCCAAAAAGCUUUUGAAUUCUAAUUUAGACUUUCAGGUAUAUCUGAAAUAUUUUAUGCAAAACCACUGUGAAAGAAAUUCAUAGAAUUGUGUUUGUUAAAAUGUAUGAUGAAAAUGUGUUCCAAUGGAAAACAGGUAAAAACAUAAGACUAUCGCCUUAUAUCUAAACAGUAAUAAAAUCAAAAAUUUUUAAACUCUCA